CUCGCACGACGCUGUGCAACCUGUCGCUCUCCUCCGACUCUAAUCUUCGCACACCACCGCUCCUCGCUGCGGCCUCAUCGUGUCCGGCUUCACUUCAAUCGCAGCAACUCGCCGGAUGAUGCGCUGUGACUGCUAGAUCGUCGCUACAUUCCUAGGCACGGGCCCUUUGCGACGCUUGCCGAUUCCAAUUCCACUGUCCAACACUCAGCCGCACCAACGCAAAACCCACGACCCUGAAGGAUCGCCGUUAACCGUAGUAGCCGCUACUAUUACCGGAACAAAAGCAAAGAGGAAAAAAAAAAAAAAAAAAUUCAGAGCCUGCAAGAAAAAAGGAAAGAAAUCUCCGGCAGCGAUUCCGAUUGUUUCGACAGGUCACAUCGGAUUACUUUUGCGAUACACAUUUGCAAGCCUGUCGGAUUCCUUACCAAGCUUUUUUCCCAAGGUGUUCACCUACUGAGACAACCACUGCCGUCGCCGGUACUCCAACCAACAGCAUCAUGAGCUCCUCCGCCCAACCAGCGGGGCCAUUGCCAAAGGCCGAUAGAGAGAGGAAGGGAAUUGUCAAAGUAUUCGCCAAGGUCAAGGGCGUUUUGCGAAGAACUGGCACCGAGCGUCAACCGUCUGCUGCCGCUGGAACGUCGGCAGGCGGUGUUGUCGCUACGACUACCACGACCCCAGGAGCUAAGACUGAGGAUGCUCCCAAGCUGUAUGUGUGGCGCUGAGUUGUUUAUUGGGGGGCUUUUUUUUUCGGGCUGUCCUGUUCUGCUUAUGUGUUGUGAGCGAUGCUCAUGGGCAUCCUCCACGCUGGGCUUUACUGGGCUCGCCUGUGGCUGCUGUCCUGCCCUACUCAGAAUAUCGUGCUAACAAAACCUUGAUAUAGUAUCAGCCAUGUCGACGCCAAAGCUGCAGAAGCGAGAGCUCUUU